CACCGCGCGCGCGCACAGAAAGCACAGCGGAGACACGCGAGAGAGGAUUCAGCAGCAGAUUUGCACUUAGCGUCCGGUGGUUAUUGCUAGAGUCGUUAUUUUUUGUGUGAGGGUUUAUUUUUAUUUUAAGCAAGUGUAUCAGAGCAAGCAUCAGAUCCGCUAUCAGGCUGUCGCUUUAAAGCAGUGCAAUUUUGGUGAAAGUUGAUCCCGACAUGCAGCCCUCAACUGCUAAGUGGUACGACAGACGGGACUCCGUCUUCAUUGAAUUCUGUGUAGAAGACAGCAAAGAUGUUGACGUGAAAUUCAACAAAUCAAAGCUUAACUUCAGUUGUGUAGGUGGAGUCGAUAGCAUCAAAUAUCAUAAUGAAGUAGAGCUAUUUGAGGCCAUUGACCCAAAUGAGUCAAAACACAAACGUACAGACAGGUCUGUGUACUGCUGUCUACGAAAAGCAGAACCCGGCAAGUCGUGGCCAAGAUUAACAAAAGACAAAGCAAAGUUCAACUGGCUCAGCGUUGACUUCAAUAACUGGAAAGACUGGGAAGAUGAUUCAGAUGAAGAGUUGUCCAGCUAUGACCGUUUCUCAGAGAUGAUGAACAAUAUGGGAGGGGAAGAUGAUCUGCCUGACAUGGAUGGUGCAGAUGAUGAAGAUUCUCCAGAUAGCGACGAUGAGAAGAUGCCAGAUCUUGAGUGAUGCUGCAAAGGAAAUGCUGUGGCAGAAAACGAGGAUCGUUGCUUAAAUGUUAUUUGGAAUAAAGGGUAGUUGUGGAGGGUGAACAUUUAAUUAAAAAAAAAAAAAAAAAAAAAAAAAUACAGAUCAACGAACACAACAAAAAUCCUAAAUUGAAGCUGUUUUCCAGGCUCUGAGUGUCCCACCAGAGCAUACCAUUGUGCUAAUGGCUGUCAUCAAGUCAUCAACACUGCUUUCUUUACCAUUUUAUUCUGCAUGGACAAUUAAAGUUUUCCAUGAUGUUUUGUGGAUUCUAGUUAUCGCCCAUUUACUCAACAGUGGCUGUGGGAGAGGAUGGUUGGGGGUGAGGAAAAGAAAAGGAAAGAAAGACAUCACCUUUCCUUCAGUGUCAGUGACCAGCCAUUAUAUAGCAUAUACAUAUUGUAAUUCCCAGUGGUAGGAAAAUUUCCGUCCCCCAAGCCACACUAGACCCCAUUAUCCAGAUCAUGUUUGCUCAUAAAUCUUUUAAAUUUUUAUGUUAAUUCGAGUCUCAGUUUUUGUGUGGGUAAGUGAAGCAAACAUUCUUCGCAGACAUAUGAUUCUUUUGUUUAACUGCAAAUACUAGCCAAAAAAAAAAAAAAGGAAGUGGAUUGAAAUACAGCAACAUUUAAAGUUGAAGGAUACCUGUUCUGCUUCACUCAGCAUUGUGUAUUGUUAGCACUCUAGAUAAUCCCCCCCAACGAUAUAGGUUGACGUGUAAAUCAAAUAUGUUCAAAGUACAUAGUCCUGUCUGUACACACGGCUUUCCCAAAUGAUUUUAAGUUAGUAAUCAUUUAUUGUCACACUUGAACGUGUAGCAGGCAUUUGAGCACUGAUAUCUUCCAUUUAUGUGAAGUGAUAUAACAUAAGCUUCACCGCUGUACAGAACAAAAGGGUAAAUUAUCAAUAGCUGACCAAAUUGUGAUUGCACUCCUAAUAGCAAUGCAAGUGUGACUAAAAAAUGUUUGUUGUGCUAACCUGCCACCACAGGUUGAGGAACUUACGUUUGUUAAAUGCAGUGGGGUUUUGUCUACAUAUUUCUAAUAAACUCUGUCCAAACAAUUGUUUCACAUGUGUUGAGUAACCCAUGUAAGUCCAAUUCUUUUGUUCACUUUUCUUGGCACUUUGAUCAAGUGCAGCUUAAAGGUGAGGAUAAUUCUCACAUUCUGGCAGCUGUCAAUUAAAGGAAAAGAAAAAUCCACCCUCAA